CAGACUCACCUCCCGCGGCUGCCCCUCCGGACUCCUCAGUCCGGCUCGGCCGGAGGAGGCGGGGACGGAGUCUGGCCGCGGGGGCUGCCGGGAGCCCGUUCCCUGGGCAACCGGGCAGCCACCGCCGAGCGACAGCCGGAAGCCAGAGCGGCGGAGCCACAAGUGGCAGCCGGCCAGCUGAGCGCGGCGGAAGAGACGUCGGCGCGCUUCCGGCGGGCGUGGGCGGGGCUCCGGGCUCCUUCCCGGGAUAUCUGCGGACGCAUGGCAGCAAAUACUCUUGGAAGUGCAACGCCCAGAAAACCCGUCUUAUCUGUCAGCGCAAGAAAAAUUAAGGACAAUGCAGCUGAUUGGCAUAAUUUGAUCCUGAAGUGGGAAAACCUCAGUGACGCGGGUUUUGCUACUGCAAAUAAUAUUGCCAACCUGAAAAUCAGCUUAUGGAGCGAGGACAAGACAGAGUCACAGAGCAGCAGCCCCGCCUCCGAGGAAAAUGCGGGAAGGACGCUUCCGGAACAUAGCAAGGAGCUAGAGACGCUGUGUGAGGCGCUGCAGACCACCUUCGAGGCUUUGGCCAAAAUACAGAUGAAAAUGGAAAAGCUGUCUUCGACUACCAAGGGAAUUUGUGAACUAGAAAACUACCAUUAUGGGGACGAGAGACAGCGGCCUCCCCUGUUUCACACGUGGCCCACAGCCCAUUUUUAUGAGGUUUCCCGCAAGCUGUCCGACAUGUACCGGAAGGAGCUUCUCCUGAAACGCACCGUCACCGAAGAGCUCGCUCACGCAGCAGACCGCGACCUCGCCCUGAGCUACUUGUCAAUGUGGCUGCACCAGCCCUACGUGGAGGCCGACAGCAGGCUGCUUCUGGAGAGCAUGCUGCUCGAAACGGGGCACCGAGCCCUGUGACCUGGCCUGGGCCUCCCGGCUCCGGACCCCGGGCUGCCUGUGUGGCCGCCACGGUGGACGGUCUUUCAUGGAGGACCCGGCGCCGCACCCCCGGAUCGUCUGCUGGGCUGUGGUGCGGCCACCCGCCGGCCUCAGGCUCUGCCAGAUCGGAUCGUUUCUGCAGCUCCCCAGGGCCUCUCCAGACACCGCAUCGCUGCGAGCCGUCCGCCACUCAACGUGCACCCAUGGUCAGUCUGUCACCCGGGAGGACUUCCACAGGAAAUAAAGGAGUUCCUCCACAAAAUGACUGA